GCGCGCGAGGGCAGAAGCGCGAGACGGUGCAGGGAAAACGUCAGGACUCUACCGGAUAUUUCAUUCAGACAAAAAAAAACCUCUUUGCUUUUAUUCCCAUGCGGUUAAACCUUGAAAGAAAUUAGCUUUUAUUUUGGUUUGUUAUGGAAUUUCUGAAAACGCAAAUUAUCAAAUGAACGCUGCUCAUAAGAGAAUGAGUUUACAGUCAUUUUUCUUUGAACGCCACAUCGCAGCUGCGUUUACAUUCCUUUACUGUAAUUUUUUCAACCUUUUUGGACUGAAGUGUUGUUAUUGAGGGAUUGUUAUUAUUAUUUUUUUAGUUCGGCAUGACGGAAAUCAGCGAAAAAGAGAAUGAGCCUCAGCACCGCGACUUUAACCAAAACCAGCAGACCACCAGCCAACAAGAAUCAAAGCUGCAGCGCCUGAAGCGCUCUCUGUCCCUCAAAUCUGUCAUGCGCAGCAAGAGUGUGGACAACUUUUUCCAGCGUAGCAAUGGCGAGUCAAGGCCAUCCUCAGCCUUCAUCACUGCACCCCCACCGCCGUCUCCUCCUCCCCUAUCGGAGUCACCUUUAGGCUACGAGCGCUCGCCUUCCUUAUCUCCCAAUGUCAGUCCGAACCCUUCAUUGUCAUCACACUCCCCUUCCAUCAGUCCUUCUCUGUCCGCAAACUUCAAGAUCCAGCUGAAGUCUCAGACCAAGCCAUUACAGCCAGGCAAGACCCACUGUUUCCAGGAGCAUGUCUUCCGUAAGCCUACCAGCUGCCAGCGAUGCAAACAUAUGAUCCAAGGAAACUCCAAGCAAGGUUUGCGCUGUAAAGCCUGUAAGUUGGCAGCCCACCUUUGGUGCUCCUCUGAGCUCUCCCAGCAGGCCUGUAACGGCAAGGCGGGAGCUUUUAAGAGAAACUUCAGCUCUCCUCUGCUGUCCAUUGAUCCACUGGGUGUGGUCAGAGAGGCUCCUGCUGCCCAAGAGGCAGAUCAUGUAAUUGUUGAUCCAGUGUAUGAGGCUCUGCGCUAUGGCACAUCGCUGGCUCAAAUGAGUCGCUCCAGCUUUGGAAGUGUCUCCGAGUCUCCCUGCCAUGAGACAGAAAGACUUCAGGAAAAACUAGAAAACCAGCCUAUAGCUGAGGAGGAGCAAAUUCCAGGAAUGCUCACCCCUCCUGAAAGCGAGAAAGCCGAUUCAGAAGACCGGGUCAGCCUGAAGACGCCCAAGCGAGUGCCAGUUCAUUCCCUCCACACAUAUGUGGCGCUCUACAAGUUUUUGCCUCAGGAGAAGAACGACUUGGAACUACAACCUGGAGACAGAGUUCAAGUAACAGAUGACUCAAAUGAAGACUGGUGGAAGGGGAAAAGCGGACACAAGGUGGGAUUUUUCCCUGCUAACUUUGUGCAGCGGGUACGCCCCGGGGAGCGGGUGUAUAAGGUCACUACUGCUUUCCAUGGCAACCGAGACAAAGGCCAGAUGACUGUAAAAGAAGCCCAGAUCUGUGUUGGUAAAAACGAGGAGAUUGACGGCUUCCUCCGGCUAAGCAGCGGGAAGAAGCGAGGCCUGGUCCCUGUGAACUACAUGAUAGAAAUAUGACCGAGACAAACCUCUCCUUGACCUUUUAUCCGAUAAAGGAGUUUGCAUUGAUGGAGGAUCGCUCAGCAGUGUUUAGCCAACACUUCACUGACGACCGCCCACCUCCAGCUCUCCAAAAACGGCAGUAAAUUAGCAGCUUGAGUGGACGAGAGCACGCGGCUUCGCUUUCCUCUGCAGCAGUCUAAAGAGAGCUUAAGACGUGAUGGAGCAUCUUCACAGCUACAGUCCUGUAGCAUAACAUCACUUUUGUAUGUAAGAGAAAUGUAGCAUCGUAUUGAGAGGUGUACAAGAAGGCCGGUUACCUCACUUGCCAUCUCCUCUGGCCAGCUCCUUUAGGAAAAAGGAGACAAUUUUGUGAGAGCGUCAGAGCAUGUUAAACAUUUAAGUCAGAAGUGAGCAGCCUGUGUUCAUCUCAAGACAAGAUGAUUAUUAUUCUUGCUUUUGCAAACACCUCUAAACUAACCAGAUGCUUUAUUUGUGUCUAAAACAUGUUUUUUCAUGCAUUCUCUGUUGAUCAACUUGUGCACGUUUAAUGCUGUAAAACAUAUGCAUACAUGUCACUUCUGUUUAGAUUAGAAGAAAAAUCAGGUAUUUCGCUGCAUAAAAACAAAUAUCUCCUCAGUUCUGGUCUAAAUAAAGUCAAACUCAAGCAUAUACCUAAUCAGAUGAAAGCAAACAAUGGAUUUCCAGAUGCUUGAUUUGUAUUGUUUACAGGUCUGAAGUGCAUUCUGGGAGUUUUUAUUGUGUAAGAUGGGAAAAGAAGAAAAAAAACACAGUAUUUAUAUUUUCCACUUCACUGUGACAUUUGAAACCUGCCCCCUGGCAUGACACUCCGACUGCCCUUCAUCUGAAACGUGUAGUGUUACAUUGUGUGUAUUUUUAACAACUUCAAUGAUGUGGUACCAGCAAGAAAAACCAGAGCAGGAGAAAAAUGCCCAAAGACAAUUCAGUGGGAUUUCUUUGAGUUAUAAAAAGAGGAUUUUUUUUCAACUUUUAAUCCUAUAAAAGUAAUUUACAAAGCAGAAAUAUUUCUAAAAUGAAUUACUAAAUACAUUAAGUGCUGGGUGUAAAGAUGAUGGAAAGCUCAAUGGGUCUUCUGCUGUAUAUCUUGAUCAAACACACGGAAGCAACAAAACUGUUGAUACAACAGCAAUAACUGUAUACACAUAUAUGACUAACUGUAAAUAACCUUGUUAAAUUACUGUACAUAUGUGUUUGCUCUAAAUAAUACUCUGACUAAUAUGUCUCAGGAGCGGACUGAGGGCAUUAUUUGAUUUGUUAACCGUUCCAUUUGUCUAAUUUGACUCAUGCGUUUAUUUCCUUGACUAACUUAUUUUUUGUCAGCACAACUCUUUAAAGAUACUAUGCACUGCAGCUUUUGCCUCACAAUUUAUUUAUUAUUUGUCAAGUCACAGCCAGAUUUAAAGUUGUGCUUCUGUUGGUUUUGCAUUGUCCUCCUGAAUCAGUCUACAUCUGCUACUCCAGGACAUUACACUCAGAGUAGGACUGGCUCAGGAUGAGUAUGAUAAUUUCACCUACCUGCACACUGCCUGGCUAGUUCUCUGCAUGGGUAGCUGCCUGGUAAUCUUGACCUGAAUCAAUAAAAUCAGUUAAUCUCUCAA